CGACUGACUCGCAAACUCCUCCCCAAUCCAUCAUGCACCCCGGAUCUAAUUCCCAACCAGGCCAGCCGAGGUUUCAAGACCCCUUCUCUUCCCCUCACGAACACAACUACCGCCCUGCCAGACUAGCCAGACCAUGCUCAAUCCGCGAUAGCACUCCCAUGGUAUUGCCGAGGGUUGCUGAUAUGGUAGGGAUCAACGGCGUCUUGCUGCUUCAGGAAUCAUCCGCGUAUUUGCUCAAAAUAAUCGCAAGGAUCCCCCGCAAAAUAUAAGGGCAUGGGUUUUGGUAAACGUUUAUGCGGGAGACGGAUAUAAAACAAUGUUGUCCGCCGGCUUUGUUGUCCUGCUUGGCUUUAUUCCCCAGGUUCUCAGCGACACCUCGACUGAUAUUUGUUUACCGCAAGAUAACAUGCGUCCUACAUUUUUGCUCUUUUCGGGGCUGGGGGCUUGUGCUGCUGCUGUCGGCAAGGGUGAUGACUUUGCGGCUAAAUGCGCUGGUUUCAAGAACUCGCUGAAGCUGCCCAACACCAAGGUCUGGUUCACCGAGCACGUGCCUGCUGGGAAAAACAUCACUUUUCCUGACAACGACCCAACAUGCACGCCCAAGAGCACUAUCACUGAUGUUGAGAUCUGUCGUGUGGCUAUGUUUGUCACUACUGGUCCCAAGUCAAACCUCACCCUCGAGGCUUGGCUUCCUUCCAACUGGACUGGUCGAUUUUUGAGCACUGGAAAUGGUGGAAUGGCUGGAUGUAUUCAAUACGAUGACGUUGCCUACGGUGCGGGCUUUGGCUUUGCAACUGUUGGAGCCAACAACGGUCAUAACGGCACUUCAGCUGUCUCCAUGUAUAAGAACUCGGGAGUCGUUGAGGACUAUGUUUACCGUUCAGUUCACACUGGAACUGUUCUCGGAAAGGAACUUACAAAGAAGUUCUACGGCAAGAAGCAUACCAAGUCUUACUAUCUUGGAUGCUCAACUGGUGGACGACAAGGAUGGAAGGAGGCACAGAGCUUCCCUGAUGAUUUCGAUGGUAUUGUGGCUGGUGCUCCUGCCAUACGUUUCAACGGUCUGCAGUCCCGUUCUGGAAGUUUCUGGGGUAUCACUGGACCCCCUGGAGCGGCUACCCAUCUCAGCCCUGAGGAAUGGGCCAUGGUUCAAAAGAACGUCUUGGUCCAGUGCGACAAGCCACUUGAUGGUGUUGCCGAUGGUAUUCUCGAGGAUCCCAACCUUUGCCAGUACCGUCCUGAGGCUCUUGUCUGCGGCCAAGGCCAGACAAAGAACUGCCUGACUGGUCCCCAGAUCGAGACAGUCCGCAAGGUAUUCGGUCCUCUGUAUGGUAACAACGGCACAUACAUCUACCCUCGAAUUCCCCCUGGAGCCGAUCAGGGUUUCGGGUUUGCAAUUGGGGAGCAACCGUUCCCCUACUCUACCGAAUGGUUCCAGUAUGUUAUCUGGAACGAUACCAAGUGGGAUCCCAACACCAUUGGACCCAAUGAUUACCAGAAGGCUUCUGAGGUCAACCCUUUCAACGUCGAGACAUGGGAGGGAGACCUUUCCAAGUUCCGCAAGCGUGGAUCCAAAAUCAUUCACUGGCACGGUCUCGAGGAUGGCCUGAUUAGCUCUGACAACUCAAUGGAGUACUACAACCACGUCUCGGCUACUAUGGGCCUGAAGAACACUGAGCUUGAUGAGUUCUACCGAUACUUCCGUGUCAGCGGCUGCGGUCACUGUUCAGGCGGAAUUGGAGCCAAUCGCAUUGGAAACAACCGCGCCAACUUGGGUGGCAAGGAGGCCAACAACAAUGUUCUUCUCGCUCUUGUCAAGUGGGUUGAGGAGGGCAAAGCACCCGAGACCAUCACUGGUGUUCGCUACGUCAACGGCUCUAGCACUGGAAAGGUCGAGGUUGAGCGAAGACACUGCCGCUAUCCUUACCGCAAUGUCUACCAGAAGGGUGAUUACAAAAAGCCCGACAGCUGGAAGUGCGAGCUGCCCAAGUAAACGGAAUGUCAGCGAGGUGGUGCAGGUGGCGUCGAUCAUAUAAGAUUUAUUUCAUAGCAUACAUAUAGCAGGAUCGUCGUAAAUAAGAUGAGCUUUUACCUAGCACUUCUCCC